CUGUGUAAUCGAGUGAUAACGCGUUGCCGCCGCCGCCGGCGUCGUGUGGACCAGUUGAAGAGAUUUGCGUUGUCGUCGCCCGCUCUAUGCUGCUGCACGCCGCGGCCGCGCCGUUCCCUGGCUCAGCACCGACCGUAUAAUAUUUGACCGUUGUCGCCGUCGCGCACUGCGCCACAACGCACCGUCGCCGAAUUAUCUGCUGCCCGGGGCUUCCGCCGAUGGACUCGCGAGCGUCUUCGCUGUCGCCGGUGAUCGACCCGGACGACUCGAGAUCGCCUCCCGGAUCACCUGCACCGCCUGCGCCGAUGACGCUCCUGCAGCCGCGCCAGACCGGCGUCGGACUACACGCUCGCGGAAACCACAACAAUAACAACAACAACAACGACGUCGACGACGACGAAAUUGACGACGAUGACGACGACGACAUUGACGACGACGACCGGCGAUCGUCCGGUGCGACAGCCAAAUCGCCACAUGCACGCGCGCCGCCCUCGCCGUCUGACCAUCACCGGGCGCUGAUCGCCGGAAUCACUGCCGCCGCAGCCGCAGCCGCAGCCGUCGCAGAUUUCAAAGAGCCCAAAGAUGACGGUGUGGAAGACUACCGCCAAACGUUCGAUGGUUCAAAAAACAAUAACAGUAAACAGUUAAAUGGUCCGUCCAAUAAGCAGAGGCGAAGUAGGACCAACUUCACUCUUGAACAGCUCAACGAACUCGAAAGGCUUUUUGAUGAAACCCACUACCCCGAUGCAUUCAUGAGAGAAGAGCUUAGUCAGCGCCUUGGUCUCAGUGAAGCCAGAGUACAAGUAUGGUUUCAAAACAGGCGGGCCAAAUGCCGAAAGCAUGAAAGUCAGAUGCAUAAAGGCUUAAUGAUGCACCAGAACGUAUCAACGCCUCUAGAGCCGUGUCGAGUGGCCCCGUACGUAAACGUGCCAAGACUGCCGCAAUUGCAAUUCAAUUCAUCGGCUGCAGCUGCGGCUGCGUUUUCUGCGUUCGAUCCGGCCAUAUUGACUGCCGCACAACAGGUAAUUUUACAUUAUGCAGUGGCCAUGGGAAGAGGUGUUCUGUGCCCUGCGCCAUAUCCUCCGGGUGGUCUGAGUCUAGCUGCUCUUGCAGCAUUACAUCAAGAUAGACUGUUAACCAAAAAUUCUAGUAUAGCUGAUUUGCGGUUAAAAGCUAAAAAACAUGCCGAAGCCAUUAGUAGAGACCAAGAGAUUGUUUAACAUUAGGCAUGACAUUUUUUCGUUAUGUUUUUUUUAUACACUGUCAACAUUUACAUAAUACUUUCAUGCUACUUCGAAAUAUCAUAUCGCACCCACAGCCACGGUGAGAACGGUGACACAGUUCAACAAAUUGCCAAUCUUAAGUCUAUACUAUGUUGUUAUUAAAUACGUAUCCCUGAUGUACCCCUGCGUGCACGAUAAACGUCAUAUUAUUAGUUAUUACCUCAAACUUUAAAUUUGUUCAUCAUUGAGCAGUUUUGUCAGUUUUACUUUUAGACGAAUUCAUAGUCAUCACAUUUGUCACAUUAGUGUUUCAAGACAAAUGUGCGGUGCCGUUGGUGAAGAAAAACGACACAUUUCGAGUUUUGACCGUUUUAGUUUUAUAAUUUGUGUUUGAAAAGUGACAUAUAGAUAUUACUUGAGGUGUCGUAACAACAGACAAUGAUUUUAGAAAAGCAAAAAAGUGACAUAAUAACUUCUUUCGGCUUUAAUGGCGUUUAAUGUUUUGUCCUGCAAUGUUCCACAUCAUAAUAUUCAAUAAGAUUCGAUUUACAGAAUAAUAAUUUUUUAUAAUGUAAUAUAAUUUACUGCCAAAAAUACUUAUCUGAAACUUAUAAGUCAAUAUAAGUUGUACCUAUAAUUUUCUUUAUUUUUUUUUUUGAAAAUUCCAUUUUUUAAUUGUGUCGCCUUUUUUGCUGGGGUGCGAAUUAUUUAAUAUGAUAUUAAUAUAUUAUAGGUAUAUAACUGUAAAAGCAUAAAUUAAAAAUAUUUAGUACCACAGGUUGAAAUUUAAACGUUGUUUUCAUAUGACUUAUUAUGAGUACCUACCUACCUAUACAUAAUAUCUAAUACCUAAUAAAAUUCGUCGUCUUAUAUUUGAAAUACAAUAAUCUAAUAAUUAAAAUAAUAUAUUAUAUGCUAUGUAAUAAUGAACAUUGAACACCUAUUGAACUAAUGACCUACCGAUUAACGAUGAUAAUAACUUUAAUUUACUAUCAAUUACAUGUAUAUUAUUAUAUUUAUUUAUUAUAUUUGUAUUUAUUUAUUUAUUUUAUAUAAUUAUUAUUAUUAUUAUUAUUAUUAUUAUAAUUAUACUGUAUGGUUAAUGUGGCUAUAUAUACUUACAUUGACGUAGUAUUAUUACUGUUAUAUUCAAUUGUAUACGAUAAUAUACGGUGAUUUAAUAAUACGUGUAAAAUACAUUUAACGCUUAACUAAGCAUUCCAAUUUCAAAUUAAUGUUAUAAACUUACAACAACAAAAUAUUUUUAACUUAAACUUGUAUUGCUAUAGCUAGAAUUGUCAAAUCGCCGAUAUGACAUCGAUUGUAUUUUAGUGCAAUAAUACAGAUAAAUCUAACAAAUUACACUUAUAAAACUAUAGAUAAUAUUAAAAAUAAGUUAAAUAUAUUGUACUCAAGAUAGUAUCGUAGAUAUAGAGUAACUCAAAUAUUGUAAAUGUAAAGUAUAUAAGUCCCAUCGGUAUAAUAUUUUUACUCGUUGAAUAAUGUACAGUGUUCUCUUGUAAUCCAAGAAACUUUUAUGAUUAAGAUUUGUAUACAAAUAUAUUCUAUACUUGUACGAGUUGUAGAUUAAAAACUUACAUUUGUGGCUGUUUUAAGUAGUGUUAAAAAAUAUAGUAAUAAUUUGGAAGAUUAAGUUAAUAUAUUUAUUUUUGUUACCCAUAUAAGUUUGUCUUAAAAUUGUAACACUUGUAAUUUUUUACAUGAUAUAAAUCCAUUUAAACUCGAGGACAUAGUUUCACAAAUACGCGUUAAAAAUAUUUUAUUAUAUUAAUAAAACAGUUUGAUUAUAAUUUUUAAUGCAUGUGCUGUGAAUAACCUAUAAUAUUAUAUGUUCCAAUCAAAGUUAAAAGUUAUACCGCAAAUAUUGAUGUGGUCAACUUGUCAGUUGUCACUCUGUAUUAUUUGAUCGAACAGAUACGUGAAAAAUUACCUUAACAAAGAAAUCCAUUGAAAAAUAUAAAGGUCGUAAUAAAUCAACAAAUGUUACUUAUAGGUACCUACUUGUGCAAUUUGGGGAUCGAGUUAUUAAAAAAUUAAAAAUUAAAAAAUGUGCCUAAAAAUAAAAUUCCACAUUAUUACAUCCAUAAUAUAUUAUUUCAUCUUAUAGGUAGGUAGCGUUUUUUUUUGUUGUAAAAUCUCACUAUUUUUAGUAUUAAUUAUUAUUAUUAUGAUUACCUAUUAUUUUAUGUAAUAAUAUUUUUUGUAUCAUUAUUAUUAUUGUUUGUAUAUUAUUACAGUUAUUACAGUUACUCGUGUUAAGUGUUAUAUUAUAUGUUUUACUAAUUUGUAGAUGGUUGUGACAUUUUGUUUAUAGUUAAAACUUUUGUCGAGUGAAAAAACAUGAUAUUUAGCAACAUGGCU